AUGAACAUCCUGGAGUGGGCUUUUGGUAAGCGCAUGACGCCCGCAGAGCGCCUGCGCAAGAACCAGCGACUUCUCGACAAAGCAAUUCGCGAGUUAGACCAGCAACGAGUGAAGCUGGAGAAGCAGGAGAAGUCUCUCAUUGCCCAAAUUAGGCAGAGCGCCCAGAAGAACCAGCUAGGCGCUUGCAAGAUCCAGGCCAAAGACCUAGUCCGCACUCGGAGAUAUGUGGACAAGUUCUAUUCAAUGCGUUCAACACUGCAACAGAUCUCUCUUCGACUACAGACCUACCGGACGAAUGAGCAAAUGAUGCAAGCGAUGAAAGGCGCAACCAUGGCGUUGGGCAGCAUGAACCGGACGAUGAACCUCCCCUCCCUCCAACGGAUUGCGAUGGAGUUCGAGAGAGAAAACGACAUUAUGGAUCAGAGGCAAGAGAUGAUGGACGACGCCGUUGAUGACGCCAUGGAUGUUGGAGUAGAGGAAGAAGGGGACGAGGUGGUCGAACAGGUCCUGGAAGAGAUUGGGGUUGAUCUGAGCCAAUCUCUCGGCGAAACUCCUUCUGGACUGCAAGCGAACACUGCUCCAGAAGCGAAAGUUGCUCAAGCUGUGGGCGGCGGAGGAGGUGACCCUGGUGUUGACGAUUUGCAAGCGCGGCUGGAUAGUCUCCGUAGAUGA